AUGAAACAGCUGGAAAUCUCAAGUAAUCGUAUUUUACAAAUCUCAUUUGAUGAAGUUGAAGUGUUUGCUGCAUCAAACAUGGAUGUUGAUCAAGUGAAUGGCUUUUAUCCCACAGAAGAUCUACCGCCCCAUAUUUGCAAAUUCAACUCAAUCACUGAUGAUAUUUCAAAAAUUCACGAAAAUUGCACAGCAAUCCUUGGCCUUCUAUAUUAUAAAGGAGGCAUUUUCUCAGAUAUGGAAUUGAAAAAAUUUCAACAAAUCCGAAAAAUCUAUGGAAAUAUUGAUUUGUGGAAUAUGGAAAUAGAAGAUUUGUCCGCAUUUUCAAACGUUCAAAAGAUUAUUUCCCUAAAUAGUACUUUCCCAGCUAUUCGUCUCAAUUUUCUUCCAAAACUUGUUGAUAUAGAAUUACCCAUGUUGAGAAGCCUCUACGCACCCACAUCGUACAAAUUUACGGUAGAUGGAUCUCCAAAUUUAAACGUUACAUUAGCUGGAUGCAGCUAUUUCAAAGAUAUUACUCAUGCGAAAGUAUGGAUAGAUUUCCUGGAUUGCGGUAUGUGAUC